AUGGGAGGCGGCGGUGGCGGCGCUCUCAACAAGCUCUUCCCCGGCUACAAGGAUAGGCUCUGGUUGAAGGUUCCAGUUCAGUGGCGGCAGCAGCUGAUUCAGCACUGGAACAAGUCCUACGAGAAGCAAGUCUACAGCGAGUCUGUGGCUCUGAACAAGAAAUUCCAGGCGCACAACCAGGUCGUCUUGGAUCGGCUGCGUCCGAGUGGCGCGUACGCGAUCCCCGCGGUGGACUACAAGCGCCAAAUCAGCCGCGGAACUCUUGUCGAGGGCGCGGACUUUUACCUCCCCACCGCUCACGAGCAGCAGCGGCUCGCCCGCCACUUCGAGCCCUACACGGAGCAAGAGCAGGAGGAGCGAAGAAAAUUUCGCUACCAGAGCCUCUCGGUGUAUCUGGCUGUCGCCCUGGGGGCGUCGUUUGUGCACGACUACUUUUACCAACGCCGCCCUGUUGCGUGGUGCCUGGAGAAGGAGCCGCCUCACCCUCCCAGCUACCCCUUCUGGUUCAAGUCUCUGUUCCACUCGCACGAUAUUCCCUCGGUGCGCCGCGGCUACGAAGUCUACCGCAAGGUCUGCGCGACAUGUCACUCCAUGGAGCAGCUGCACUUCCGCCACCUCGUUGGCGAAGUUCUCCCUGAGAAGCGUGUCAAGCAGAUCGCGGCCGAGUACGACGUCACAGACGGCCCCAGCGACGAGGGCGAGAUGUACACGCGGCCUGGUGUGUUGGGCGACGCGUUCCCUUCCCCGUACCCCAACGAAGAAGCGGCUCGCUACGCCAACGGAGGCGCCUACCCGCCCGAUCUCUCGCUGAUCACCGCCGCACGCCACUUCGGACCCGACUACCUCAUGGCUCUGCUCUGCGGCUACCGCGAUCCGCCUGAGGGUGUGGAGCUCCGCCCCGGUCUCUACUGGAAUGUCUGGUUCCCCGGCAACGCCAUUGCGAUGCCUCCUCCCCUCAUGGACGAAAUGAUCGACUACGAAGACGGCACGCCCUGCAACAUCUCUCAGAUGUCAAAGGACGUUGUGAACUUCUUGACCUGGGCGACCGAGCCGACCGCGGACGAGCGCAAACUCUACGGCCUGAAGUGCGUCAGUGCCAUUGCGAUCGGCACCGUUCUGAUGACUCUGUGGUGGCGCUUCAACUGGGCCAUGUACGCGACCCGCCGCAUCGACUUCGGAAAGCUGAAGUACCUGUAA